AUGGCAUCAAGAGGACAAGAACAGGAAUUCGAACUCAACAAAGGCGGCAUAAACAUCAAAAGCUACAAAGAAAUAGAGGAAGAUAUUAAAAAAUUUGAGAAAAUGAAGAAACGAGAAGACGCGGACGAUAAAUACAAGGUCGAUCCGUCAAAAAUAACUCUACGUGAACAGCCGGAUGAAGAAAUAAUCUUCAAUUUAGACGAAGAAAUACAGGAGAUUGACGAACAGGCUAUUGCAGAAUUGCUACAAGAAGAUGAGAAGGACGAUGAUUUUGUCGCCAAUGUCAUCAAGUGGAGACGACGCGAUACGACUGAAAUCAAUGAAUCGGACAGAGAAAGUAACAGAAGCGAAACAAUAACGACGGAGGAAAUCGACGAGUUUGAUUUAGAUGCACGGCGUUCCAUUCAAGAGCGAUCGCACUCAGUUGAAGAAGGCGGCCAAUUUAUAGAAUACGCGGAAAAAGAAGAUAAUAAUGAUUUUUCAACAGAAGAAAACUCAAAAGAAAAGAAAACGGCCACAACAGAUGGAAAUCAAGACGGAAACCAACAGUCAACUAAAAAUGUCACAAAAAUGACCGAAAACGCGAAAGAAGAGAUAUUGGACCUGAAGACUAAAAAGACAACCAAGAGAGAAAUUCCAAAGCUUAAAAACUUCAAAAAUUACGAAAACGAACGAAAUUGGGGCCAGGGGAAACAAAAAAAAGCGCGAGGAGAAUGCCGGGUUUCCUAUUCUACCAUAUAA